GUGUCUAGUGGCACAUGCAUAAGUAAACUCCGUUCACGUGGCGAUCGUGCGUGUUUUUAUAUGAGACGUUCAAACGGACAACUCUUGGCCAAUAUUACGGUGAAAGUCGAAUUUUUGUGCUCGAUUUCCAAGUCGAAUGUCUCAGUUGCAAUCCGACUUCAUAUAGUGCAUACAGUCGGGGUCGAGAACCGCGUUAAUCAUAUUGAACUACUAUUAAAGCGUAUUUAAUAGUCAAAUAAUAAAUUAUGUGGUUUCUCAUUUCCUGUGUCGCGGUCGGUAUCAUCGUAAAAGUUCUUAUCGACUGGAUGCCGCCUGAAAAGUUUCCACCAGGACCACGAGGUUUACCUUUGAUAGGUAACAUUUUAGAUCUUAAGAGAAUCAUUAAGAAGACGAAAUACCUCGGCGAUGCGUGGUGUCAAUUGGCCAAAGAUUAUGGGUCUGUUGUGGGUCUUCGUCUGGGAUUUUCCGAUCCCUUGAUCAUCGUUUCUGGAAGAGAAGCUGUUCUUGAGAUGUUGAACAGGGAGGAAUUCGACGGGAGACCAGAGGGAUACAUGUUUCGAUUGAGAACUUUGGGACAAACACGUGGAGUUUUGUUUACGGAUGGUGAGAUUUGGAAGGACCAAAGAAGAUUUGCGCUUAAAAGCUUGCGAGAUUUUGGUUUUGGAAAACGCUCCAUGGAGAGUAUGAUUCUCGAAGAAGGCGUGACUUUGUCAAAAAUCAUUGAAAACAAGGCCAAAGAGGGAAUCGUUAAUGAUGUACACAAAAUUAGUGCAUUUGCUGUCUUGAACAGUUUCUGGAGUCUGAUAGCGGGGGCCAGGUACGAUCAGAAUGAGCAAGAUUCAGAAUUAGUGGGAAUAAUGCAAACUAUCAAUGAUGCUAUUAGGAGUAAUAACGCUAUCGGCGGUAUUAUUAAUCAGUUACCUUUUUUGCGAUUCUUCAUUCCUGGUCCUUUGGGAUUGAGCGAGCAUAAAGAUCGCAUCGUGAAGAUAUGGAAAUAUUUUAGCAAAGAAGUGACUCGACACAAGCAGACGAAAAUUUAUGGAGAACAAAGAGACUUGAUCGACGCCUACCUCGAGGAAAUAAAAUGUCAAAACGGAAAGCCGUCAUCGUCUUUCGAUGAAAACCAACUAAUAUCCCUCGUAAAGGAUUUAUUUAGCGCUGGAAUUGAAACGACGAACAAUACGAUCGGCUUCACCUUGAUGUACCUGAUGAUCAAUCAGAAUGUACAGAAAAAAUUACAUGAAGAAUUAGACAGAGUCCUUGGAAACGACACUCUACCAUCUCUGGAUUAUAGAAAUCGUCUGCCCUAUCUAAACGCCAUUUUAGCCGAAGUAGCCCGAAUGGCCAAUAUCGGUCCGACGACAAUUCCACAUAGAGCCAAAAGAGACUCCAUCUUCUUGGGAUAUAAAAUUAAAAAGAAUUCAAUGAUACUAGCCAACUUACUAAGCGUGCACAUGGACAAAGGUCACUGGGGUGACCCGGAAGUCUUCCGACCAGAAAGAUUCAUCAAUGACAAUGGACAGUUCAUCAAUGACAGCUGGCUGAUACCUUUUGGCGCAGGUCGUCGAAAAUGUCUUGGUGAAAAUUUAGCAAAGAAUACUCUUCUCUUGUUCACCGCUUGUCUUUUCCAAAAAUUACAUUUCCGGUUACCACCUGGCGACCCUCUACCCGCCAUCAAGGGAAUAGAUGGCUUCACAAUUUCCCCAGCUAUCUUCAAUGCAAUCGUUACGCCUCGUUAAACGACAAACGACUGAUCUAUCGAUAAUAAGUUUCCAACCUAAGUUUUCUUAAUCAUAACUAUUUUUAAUUUCAACCACUCUGCGAAAUCAUACCUAAGAAAUUCUACCUACGUAUCGGUUGGAUAUUCAUCGGCACACUACGCUAAGCAUAACGCAAAUAAACCAACAAAAUACUUUUUUUUAAUAUACGUAUUUUCUUUCGUAUCGUGUACCAAGCUGAACGGUAGGCUAAGGAAAAAACAAAUAUUAUUUAAGAAAAAUUCUUAUUUGUAUUCCUACUUUGCACAGUAUGCACAGUCACCUAUGCAUUCAAUAUUAAUUUAAAUUCAUCCAUUCCUUCGAAUCGUCUCAUAAUAUUAUGCACAUACUUGAAAAGAACAAAAUACCUUUGCAAAUGAUAUGGCAUAGCCACGGGAAUCAUAAAAAUCUAUCAACAUUGAGGAUCGUUUAUCAACCAAUUAUCGUCAAAGUAAUAAUUUUUAUAUUUACAAUCUAAUAAAUAACAUUGACAAGCAAUAAGCAGUAGAUUGAAAAGUACACGAGCCCUGCGCAAUGCUGUUAUAAUUUUCCAAAUGAUUAUAUACAUUUAUAUGACCUUGUGACGUGACGUGCAGUUUGUGCAAAAUUUGUGACCGAUAAAUAUUUAAUAACAUAGAUAAACGAAAAUCACAAUAGUCGGAAAGUCCAAGAACUAUGCACUUUAAGGGAAUCUUCAAAAUAAGCUUUUUCCGUGAACACGACAUACGGCAAAGUUACUGGUCGCCAGACACAGUGACGUGCGCUCUUAAGGCCGAAUG